UUCACACAUAUCAUCUCUUUUCUCUUUUUCUGGUUUUCUCUUUCUUCUUCCUCAAAUCCCUAGCCCCUUUCUCGUGUAUAAAUACUCAACCAGAAGAGUUCUAUCACAGAACAAAAAGCUAGAGAGAGAAACUAGAGCGAGAAAACCACUGAAACCCUCCCUCGCCAUUUUCCCUUACCUCUCGAUCUGCGCCUGGGAAUCUCUUACAGGAAUUGUUGAUCUGUUCGGUUGCAGAUCUUCCGGGCGGGUUUUGCUUCAGCACCGUCGUCAUGUCUUCGCUGAGCAGAGAGUUGGUUUUUCUUAUACUUCAGUUUCUCGAUGAAGAGAAAUUUAAGGAGUCUGUUCACAAGUUGGAGCAGGAAUCAGGUUUUUUCUUUAACAUGAGGCAUUUCGAGGAUAUGGUAACGAAUGGGGAGUGGGAUGAGGUGGAAAAGUACUUGUCUGGUUUUACCAAGGUGGAUGACAAUAGAUACUCCAUGAAGAUCUUCUUUGAGAUUAGGAAGCAGAAGUAUCUAGAAGCGUUAGACAAGCAAGAUCGAGCGAAAGCGGUGGAAAUUUUAGUGAAGGACUUGAAAGUAUUUGCAGCAUUUAAUGAAGAGCUUUUUAAGGAGAUCACUCAAUUGUUGACUUUGGAUAACUUUAGACAUAAUGAACAGCUAUCUAAGUAUGGGGAUACAAAAUCUGCUCGAGGAAUAAUGCUGGCUGAACUGAAGAAACUAAUUGAAGCUAACCCUCUUUUCCGCGACAAGCUUCAGUUUCCUUCCUUGAAGAACUCCAGAUUGCGGACUCUAAUUAAUCAGAGCUUAAACUGGCAGCAUCAGCUUUGUAAGAACCCGAGGCCUAACCCUGACAUAAAGACCCUUUUUGUAGACCAUAGUUGCGGGCAACCAAAUGGUGCACGAGCCCCAUCCCCUGUUACUAAUCCCUUAAUGAGUGGUGUCCCAAAGGCUGGAGGUUUCCCACCACUUAGUGCUCAUGGUCCAUUUCAGCCCACACCAGCUGCUCUUCCAACAUCGCUUGCUGGUUGGAUGGCCAAUCCAUCUCCUGUUCCACACCCUUCAGCUUCCGCAGGACCUAUAGGUUUGGCCUCAGCUAAUAAUGCAGCAUCACUUCUAAAGCGCCCCAGAACACCUCCGACCAAUAACCCAGCUAUGGACUAUCAAACUGCAGAUUCAGAUCAUGUAUUGAAGAGAACAAGACCUUUUGGCAUAUCUGAUGAACAGGUCAAUAAUCUACCUGUUAAUUUGCUUCCUGUUGCGUACUCUGGCCAAAGCCAUGGUCAAAGUUCCUAUUCCUCUGAUGACUUGCCCAAGACUGUUGUGAUGACUCUCAGCCAAGGUUCUCUUGUUAAAAGUAUGGAUUUCCACCCACUUCAGCAAAUUCUACUUCUUGUUGGAACGAACAUGGGUGAUGUCAUGGUAUGGGAUAUAGGUAGUCGUGACAGGAUUGCUCAUAGAAAUUUCAAGGUUUGGGAACUUGGAUCGUGCUCAGUGGCUCUACAGGCAUCUCUCUCCAAUGAUUACUCAGCAUCAAUCAAUCGUGUAGUGUGGAGUCCUGAUGGAACACUUUGCAGUGUUGCUUAUUCUAAACAUAUUGUGCACAUAUAUUCCUAUCAUGGUGGGGAUGAUCUGAGAAACCACCUAGAGAUUGAGGCUCAUUCUGGGAGUGUCAAUGAUCUUGCUUUUUCUUAUCCGAACAAACAGCUUUGUGUUGUAACAUGUGGAGAAGAUCGAGUAAUCAAGGUAUGGGAUGCAGUUACUGGUGCAAAGCAGUAUACUUUUGAGGGUCAUGAAGCACCUGUAUAUUCUGUUUGCCCUCAUCACAAAGAAAAUAUUCAGUUCAUCUUCUCAACUGCAGCUGAUGGAAAAAUAAAGGCAUGGUUGUAUGAUAACAUGGGUUCUAGGGUUGACUAUGAUGCACCUGGACAUUCAUCUACGACAAUGGCAUAUAGCGCUGAUGGAACAAGAUUGUUCUCGUGUGGCUCAAAUAAAGAAGGGGAGUCAUUUCUAGUAGAAUGGAAUGAAAGUGAAGGAGCUGUGAAGCGUACAUAUCAUGGUCUUGGGAAGAGAUCUGCAGGUGUUGUACAAUUUGAUACCACCAAGAAUCGAUUCUUAGCUGCUGGUGAUGAGUUUAUGAUCAAAUUCUGGGACAUGGAUAAUACAAACUUGUUGACAAGUGCUGAUGCAGAUGGCGGAUUACAGGCUUCUCCCUGUAUUAGAUUCAACAAGGAAGGAAUACUGUUGGCUGUCUCCACAAAUGACAAUGGAGUUAAAAUUUUAGCAAACCCAGAAGGAAUUAGGCUUCUCCGGACAGUGGAGAGUCGUACAUUUGAUGCUUCCAGAGCUGCUUCUGCAGCUGUUGUGAAGGCACCUACUAUUGGCGCUUUUCCUUCCACCAAUGUAACUGUUGGAACAAGCCUUGCUGAUAGAGCUCCUCCAGUAGCAGCCAUGGUUGGGAUAAAUAACGAUACUCGAACUUUAGCUGAUGUCAAACCCAGAAUUGUUGAUGAAGCUGUGGAUAAAUCUAGGAUAUGGAAGCUAACAGAAAUUAACGAACCAUCACAAUGCCGUUCCCUCAAACUGCCUGAUAGUAUAACUGUAUCACCAAUGAGGGUUUCUAGGUUAAUUUAUACAAAUCAAGGGGGUGCUAUUUUGGCUUUGGCAGCAAAUGCUGUUCACAAGCUUUGGAAAUGGCAGAGAAAUGGUAACACUGCAGGGAAGGCCACUGCAAGUCUUCAACCACAACUGUGGCAACCAUCUAGUGGAAUAUUGAUGACUAAUGAUAUAGGUGAUACUAACCCAGAGGAUGCCGUGUCAUGUUUUGCACUGUCCAAGAAUGAUUCGUAUGUCAUGUCUGCUUCUGGGGGAAAAAUCUCCCUAUUCAAUAUGAUGACAUUCAAGACAAUGACAACUUUCAUGCCACCACCACCAGCUGCUACAUUUCUUGCAUUUCAUCCUCAAGACAACAAUAUUAUUGCUAUUGGCAUGGAGGACUCUACCAUUCAAAUUUAUAAUGUUCGAGUGGAUGAGGUCAAAACCAAGAUAAAAGGUCAUCAGAAGAGAAUUACAGGUCUUGCUUUUUCUCAUGCUCUAAAUGUGCUCGUAUCAUCUGGAGCUGACUCUCAGUUGUGUGUUUGGAGCACUGAUGGAUGGGAGAAGCAAACAAGUAAAUUCCUGCAAAUGCAAAAUGGACGAGCACCAGCACCUCUUGCAGACACUCGUGUCCAGUUUCAUCUAGACCAGACACAUUUACUGGCUGUUCAUGAGACUCAGAUAGCUAUAUAUGAGGCACCAAAGUUGGAAUGCCUAAAGCAGUGGUUCCCUCGGGAAGCUAGUGGUCCAAUCACACAUGCUACAUAUUCAUGCGACAGUCAAUCAAUAUAUGUAAGCUUUGAAGAUGGAAGUAUUGGUGUUCUUACCGCCUCAACGCUUCGAUUAAGAUGUAGAAUACAUCAAACUGCUUAUCUCAAUCCCCACCCAAGCUUGAGACUGCAUCCUCUUGUAAUUGCUGCACAUCCCUCCGAACCCAAUCAAUUUGCAUUAGGACUUACUGAUGGUGGAGUCCAUAUACUUGAACCACUAGAGUCAGAAGGGAGAUGGGGUUCUCCACCUCCAACUGAGAACGGCGCUGGUCCUAGCACUCCUUCAGGUGCCACUGGUUCAGAGCAACCCCAAAGGUGACGGUGCAUUAUGUAGUACUUUCUGUCAGGACCUUUGAGAUGUGUACUUCGGUUGCAUGUGAUCCCGCCCCCUGGUGCCUCCAUUCUGUUUGCAAGGGGAAGCUGCGGAACUUAGGUGUUUAUAGGUUAGGAUAAAUCAAUUGAACCAAUCAUCUUGUAAGUGGCUUCCUAACCAAUUUCUGAUCCAUGGGAUUGGCUGAUUAUGUUUAUUCAUUUAGGAACUUCACCAAAGUUUAUAGUUUAAGUUCGGCUGGGGCGUUGAAGAGUGGAGGGAUUGUUAUUAUUAAUUUUUUCUUUUCCAUUUGGUGGGGCCUGCCUUUAUUUGUGUAGGUUUUUUUAUUUGAAGAGUAGGUUUCUUUUCUAGUCGUUAUAGUUUGUUUUUCUUCUGCUAAAAUGAGAUACUUAGAAAUUCAGCAAGGAUUCUCUUAUCAAAUGGAUUUGUUAGAUGUUUCGCAGGCAUUGAGACUUGCAUAAAUGGAUCUGUUUGAUCUGCUUUUGGUUUUUA